AUGAAGCUUGAGGCUCAGGACCCCCAAGAUGGGGCCCCUUCUCCCAUUGCACACAUCCUGGUUCAAUGUCAACUAGGUCUGACCGUCACGAGACUCGACCCAGCCCCAGAAGGCGCGGUCGAUACUUCCAAGGCCGGAUUGCUGAAGGAACUUGUUACCGAAUGGUUGGGCUCACUGCCCCCAGCGUAUCGUGAAACAGAUCCAGAUACUCGCUGGGAUGAUCAGCUUCUGUACAUCCCUCUUCAACGUCGACAACUGCAUGCCAUUGGAUAUAUGACCAUGUUCGGACCUUUCAAACCUUACCUCACCAAGGUCUAUGAUUCUUCUAGUACGGGAGCUGACAGAGCUAGCCGAGAGGCUGCUGUCGACGUUGGUCUUCAUUUGAUGACGGUUUCUCGUCGGUUAUUUGACCAAGUAUUCCCUAUCAAUGCGAAGUUCCAUAUUGUCACUUUCCUGAUAUUUGACACGGCAGCCUUCUUAUGUUCUGCUAUUAUCCAUGACAAAGACCAUAGUCUUCCUCGGCACGAGGAGGUUUUUCGGUCUGUCAGGCUUGCUUGCUCUUUGGUCAAACAGCUCUCACCCAUCACAAAAACUGCGGCAAUAUGCUACCCAGUCCUGACAAAACUCGCAAACAGCCUCAGAAAACCGGCGAAGAAGGCAAGCCCGGGGCCUGUGGCUUCAGAUUCUAUCUCUCAAUUAGAUUCACUGGCUGGCUUAACGCCCGAGUCAUCAACUGAGACAAUAUCACCAGACGCAUUAGGUGGCUCUUCAGAGUCGAUAGCUGCAACUGAUGUGUUCUUUCCGGCCUCACUCGACUUCCCCGUACAAGCCAUGCUUACACCACCAAUAACAGGCGUCAGCGACUUUUCUGACAUGGAUAUUGGACAAUUUGACCAGAUAUGGGACUGGCAGGACCUUGACCUGAAUUUUUUGCCAGAAAUGCCUGUACAAUGA